GUGUUAUCUUAUUAUGAUUUUGAAUUUCCUAAUUGGCUUUAGCUGUUCAGUGUCUCAGAAACAGACACCAGUGACUGUCAUCUGUCUCUCUCCUCCCAUCUCUGUGCCGUCACUGUGACACGCCUGCGACGCGCGCUCAUACCUGAGCCGCAGGAGUGUGGACUGUGAGCCGGUCGGGCACGCGGGUGACAGGGAUGGUGAUGAUGCUGAUGCUGCCAUGGCAACAGACCUUCAUGCGCUCGCACAUUGAUUUCAUAUUUAUUUAACACCACGUUCGUCCUUCCCUUCACGAGGCAUCCGGAAUCUGACCGUGUGAAGCUCAACAAGUGAAAGUGAUGAAUGUGAGCCGCGACGCGCCCUGGAUAAAUGCCUGAUAAACGCGCGUUUAAAGGAGGCGGGAGAAUAACGCGCGUCUGACAGCAGCUCCCUUUAUUUUCUCAUCUGUUGCGCAUCAGUCUGAUGAUGAUGAUGAUGAUGCGCCUUCACGCGUCUGCUGACUGACCGGUGUGUGUGUGUGUGUGAUUGACAGAUGAAUGUCUUGGAUCUGUGCUGCUCCCUCUCAUUCGUUUUUAUAUAAGCGCGUCUGUUGAGCGCAAGGCUCGAGACAUCACCGUGACAACCGGAGAAGAGAAUCACCGCGACCGCUCGGAGAUGCUGGCCGGUGUCGGAGCGCUUCGGAGCGCCUGGGCCUCAAGGACACGCGGGAGGAGAAAUGAGGAGAAAUGACGGACGGCGCGUGAAGACGAGCGCGUCAAGGGCGAAGGGAGCGUCACUGACGCGCGUUUAUUCAAGGGCGUUCGAACACGAUGAGGAGCCGUCGGAGGGCAGCGCGGCGGGGCGGAGGAAGCGUGAAGGAGAAUCCGUCGUUUUACCGGCACUGAGGUCAAACUGACCGUGAGCUCGUUAUUCAGACCUGCAUUUAUCUGACAGGAGAGUAACAACAGGUCAGUGUGUGUGUGUGUGUGCGUGUGUCUGUGUGUGUGUGUGUGUGUGUGUGUGUGUGUGUGAGCGCGUGCGUGCGUGCGCGCUCUCGCCGCUCUUUGGCACUGGCAUGGAUGGUGGCACAGCGGGCACCGGGGCUUCCGCGGGCACGGACCCUCGGCUCGCCCGGAACGGCGACUCUAAGCGGCGCAGCAAGAGCAGCCUUCCGUCUCCCGGUUACCGCCUCUCCCAGGCGUCUCUGGAGGGCGAUCGCGGGGAGCCGCUGCCCGGGCGCCGCCGCCUCUCCAUCAUGAGCUCCACGCGCGACAACGGCCCAUUCCGCCCGGGCACGGCGGCCGGAACCCCGACCACCCCUCUGCCACUGCCGCUCCCCCACGCCGGCUCCGCCCCGCCCACCGUGCAGCGUUCCGUGGGCUUCGCCGCCUCCAGAGCCGCUCUGGCAUCCACCUCCUCCUCCACCGGCACCGGGAUGGUCGUGGUGGCCGCCACCGGACCCGAGACCACCACGACCACAGCGGCCGGGAGCCCGGAGGCCGGCCCGGGUCUGGACGGUGAGGACUACAGCUACUCGAACCAGUCCACCUUCAUUCAAAGGCAGUUCGGAGCCAUGCUGCAGCCCGGCGUCAACAAGUUCUCGCUCCGCAUGUUCGGCAGCCACAAGGCCGUGGCGCUGGAGCAGGAGAGGCUCAAAUCGGCCGGAGUCUGGAUCAUACACCCCUACAGCGACUUCAGGUUUUAUUGGGAUCUCCUCAUGCUGCUGCUGAUGGUGGGAAAUCUCAUCAUCCUCCCGGUGGGAAUCACGUUCUUUAAGGACGAGAACACGCCUCCGUGGAUCAUCUUCAAUGUGGUGUCGGACACGCUCUUCCUGGUGGACCUGGUGCUGAACUUCCGUACCGGGAUUGUGAAAGAGGACAGUACGGAGAUCCUGCUGGACCCGAAGGCUAUCCGCCAACGCUACCUGAAGAGCUGGUUCCUCGUGGACUUCGUGUCUUCGAUCCCGGUGGAUUAUAUCUUCCUGAUGGUGGACCUGGAAGCUCGACUGGACUCAGAGGUGUACCGGACAGCUCGAGCGUUGCGGAUCGUUCGGUUCACCAAGAUCCUGAGCCUGCUGCGGCUGCUGCGUCUGUCCCGACUCAUACGGUACAUCCACCAGUGGGAGGAGAUUUUCCACAUGACCUAUGACCUGGCCAGCGCGAUGGUGCGGAUCGUCAAUCUGAUCGGCAUGAUGCUUCUGUUGUGUCACUGGGACGGAUGUCUGCAGUUCCUGGUGCCGAUGCUGCAGGACUUCCCGCUGGACUGCUGGGUCUCCAAGAACAACAUGGUGAACGACACGUGGGGCAUCCAGUACUCAUACGCGCUCUUCAAGGCCAUGAGUCACAUGCUGUGCAUCGGUUACGGCGCUCAGGCUCCGGAGGGAAUGACGGACGUCUGGCUCACCAUGCUCAGCAUGAUCGUGGGCGCCACGUGUUACGCCAUGUUCAUCGGCCACGCCACUGCCCUCAUCCAGUCCCUGGACUCGUCCCGCCGACAGUAUCAGGAGAAGUAUAAGCAGGUGGAGCAGUACAUGUCGUUCCACAAGCUUCCAGCAGAUGUCAGGCAGAAAAUCCACGAGUAUUAUGAACAUCGAUACCAGGGCAAGAUGUUUGAUGAGGACAACAUUCUGGGAGAGCUGAGCGACCCCUUAAAGGAGGAAAUUGUUAGCUUCAACUGCCGUAGCUUGGUGGCUAACAUGCCUCUCUUCGCUAACGCUGACCCAAACUUCGUAACAGCAGUGCUCACAAAGCUGAAGUUUGAGGUGUUCCAGCCCAAUGACUUCAUCAUUCGCGAGGGAACCGUUGGCCGUAAAAUGUAUUUCAUCCAGCAUGGACGGGUCAGUGUACUUACUCGUGGAAACAGGGAGACCAAGCUUAGUGAUGGGUCUUACUUUGGAGAGAUCUGUCUGUUGACUCGUGGUAGGAGGACAGCCAGUGUCCGGGCAGAUACGUACUGUCGACUUUACUCCCUCAGUGUGGGCAGUUUCAAUGAGGUUCUGGAAGAGCAUCCCAUGAUGAGACGAGCCUUCGAGACGGUGGCAGCGGACAGACUUGAUCGCAUCGGUAAGAAGAACUCAAUUUUGUUGCGCAAGACCUCACAGGGGGGAUCUGUAGCGGGCAGCAGUUUGGGACGGGGUGGAGGGAGCCGCGGCGGAGGAGCAGGAGGUGCGGGUCUGGGUUCUUGUGAUAGUGUUCUGGUCCAGCAGAUUGUGAAGCACGACAGCAUGCCCACCAUGCAGGACAUCACUGCCGCGAGCAACCGAGGCAGCACCGGAGGCACAGUCUCACCCCGACCUCAUCCGGUGAUCUGGGCACCGCUGGUCCACGCUCCCCUCCAGACGGCCGCUGCCACCACCAAUGUGGCCAUAGCCUUGAUGCAUCAGCAACAGCAGCAGCAACAAUUGCAACAACAGCUACAACAACAACAUGCCCUUGGAGCUGCCAUCUUUCUUCCCAUCUCACCAUCGCCCUCGUCCUGCCCUCUUUCACCUCCCCGUCCACCCAUACUACACCCUCGGCAGUCACUCAGUUCCCUCAUUGGCGUGAUGGGCGGUCUGCCCCCGCGAGGAGUCCCGUCCUCUAUAACACCUUCACCCUCGCCCUCAACUAUGGGACCGACUGCUGUGGCUCCUUCAGCAGGCGGAGUGGCAAAAACUCCCCCAACACCUGCGUCGUCAGUACCCGCUCCCUUGCAGGCUAGCAGAACACUUCAUUACAGUCUCCGCCUCCACACAGAGCCCACAACAUCACCUGUCCAUAAAGUCCCACCUCCCUCCUCAACGGUCACAGUGCCGUCUGUCGAAGGACGCAACGUCGGCUCCGGGCCACAGGGGGCGAAAGAGGCUCUACUACGUCAUGUUGGAGGAGGUAGCACCCAAGGCCUCCCAAUGAUCGGUCGGCUUACCCAGGAGGCCAGACUGCUCUCCGCCUCCCAGCCGACUCUUCCCCACCGCAGCUGGGUGGGCGUGCAGCCUCACCCACCUCUCCAUCGUAAAGCAUCUGGAGGAAACCUGCUGCCGGCACCCUUCCUUUUAUCCUCAGGACUCGCUAGAGGAGGAAGCGCAGGUGUUUUGAGCUCAAAUGCACCACAGCCUGGCACCGCACAGAUGCCCCUACACACACCCCUACUGUUGCCCUCUCAGCUGACGCAUACACCUCCACUCACAUCAGCUCCAGGAUCUACUCCGCCACUCCUUGCCCUCUUCUCGUCCUCCCCAAAGCAAACCCCUCUUUGUUCCAGCAACCCUCCUUUAUCUCUCAUGGCCACAUCUUGUGGUCUAGGGGUUCCUCAAACCCAGCGAGCCAAACCCGGCACUGCAAUACAUACUCCUCCUUCAACCUCUCCUCCUCCUUGCCUACGCCCUCCUUCUCCCUCUCAUUCCACCUCCACCUCUCCAACUUCAUCUUCCGGCAUCUCUUUGGCUCAGAAUUCCCGUACCAAACCCUCUCAGACCACUCCACCACCUUUAUCCUCCACCACCAACUCAACACCCACCAUCACUCCUUCUCAAACCCCCACCCCAACUCGAACCCCAACCCCUAUUCAAACCCCCAUUCAGACCCCCACCCAAUCUAGAACACCAGUGGCCAUCCAAUCCCAAGGUCGGUGUCCAACUCCCGUCCAGAUCCCAUCAGCGGCACAAACUCCAACCUCAACCUCUAUUCAGAGUCCACUUCCCACCCAGACUCCAAGUAAACAUCUGAGUUCCACCCCGAGCCAAAGUGCUUCUGUUCAGAUUCCAGCCGCUGUCCAGAUCCUUGGUCCUCCCCCGGCACGUUCUCCGGUCUCCACUCAAACCUCAACUCCGAGCUCUUCUUGGACCCCAGGCUCUCCCAUCAACACCCCAGCCCAAAGCAGACCCUCAACGCCUGUUCUGGCCCAAUCACAGACACACACCCCAUCACCUUCUCCUGCAUCCACUCCAUCUCCUGCCACUUCACAGCCACAGAAGCCAGCUGCCUCCCAGACUCAGACCUUAAAUGUUCUGUCUGCUCCUACCUUAAGUCCAUCUCCCAUUCCUGCUUCCACUGCCUCCUCAUCUACAGUCCUCCAGUCCAUCUCCACCAUCUCCACUUCACCAAAAGAGGCAAAGAAAGAACAGGACUUGCCUCAGACACAGAGAGAUUCAGAGACAAAGAGACAAAAAUAUCCUGCCAACAUGUGAGGAGGAAGGUGGACGCUGGUCGGAGGCUCAUGUUUUGUCCGCGGUGAGUUCAGGAGAUGAGAUGUCACGUGUCAGCUGUAUCAGUUCAGGCUCUGCAGGUUCCAUGAGCAUGCUGUCUGCAUUUGACCCUCCCUGGUUUGGUCAGUCUUGGCCAUGGGAAGGUUUAACACCCCUGACUUUACAUCUACUCUAACUAUUUAAAGUAAAAACAAAAACGAGCAGAAAAUGUUUGACUCAAAAGUAGAACCAGUGUGGGAAUGUCAAGUAGAAUAUUUUUGUAUCCCUGCUGAGAAAUUUCAAUGGUCUGACUGGUGAACUAACAUAGUCAUGUUGAUCACCAGCAAAACAUGCUAUAGAACCAGCAUGAUCUUUCUACAGAGCCCCUAAAAAGAUGUUUGAUAUUUGCAGAAAAUAAACGCUGGUCUUUUCAACAGAAAAGCCCUUUUAAUCUUUCAUAGUAUAGACACAAAUUCUGUCAUUUGCCAAAAAUGUCUUAAAGGGAAUGUAACAGCAGAACUGCCACCACUUUUUGACGCAUUUGCACAGAAUGUUAAAGAUACAAGGAGCAUUUUCAUAUCAGAUCAUAACCUGCAGACAAUGAAAGCAUAACCUGAGUUUGAAAUGAUCAAAUUACCGAUGAAUAUUAGUGAUUAAACGUUCGUCACAGGGUUAGAACUACAGCAAAUCUUUUUGCACUUUCGUUUAUGAGUCAAAUGGAGCGUGUCCUUGGGCACUAUACUGGAAUAAUACAUUUUUAGACUGAAAAAAAAAAUAAAUAAAUAAAAUUUAGACACAGUGGAUUUGUGUUAAUUUAGUGUACACUGCCUGUAAACUAUAAAUGGUGCAUUGUACAUAGUGACUUAAGUAGAAAAUUAAUUUCUACAUGAAAAACAGAACUACGAUUUUAUCGUUCUUAACAAUUUUGCGUACUUGUGUUUGUCUAGCGCCGUCUGUUAAACCAUUAGCCAGUGAUUACCUGAUCAGUAUGCAAGUCAAAAGAAUCAAUCAAUGCAAAAUUAAAUCCUUGAGACCUGAGUGAAGAAUUACCAAAGUACAUAUUUAGGAAAUAAGCUUCCUACCAAAUGUAUAAAUUGAUUUUUGCUUUAUAUUCUCUUAGGAAAGGAGGACUUUUGUUGCUAUAGCAAGUUUCCAUUUGGUGCUUUCAUUGGUGCCCGAACAUACGGAGCCCCUGAAGGGUCACGGUGAUGGAAAUAAAAUAAGAUUAUGUUUCAAUGCUUUUGCAUGCUCUCACAAAACUUUACGUGGGCGGGAGCAUCGCAGUUUGAGUUGUGUUAAAUAUUAUUUUAUUGAUAGCCAGUGUCAGCAUGCUCAGAAACCUCGUGACCUGAGUCUGCAUAAACUGACUGACGUUUAAUAUCUGAAAAUUUGUUUCCAGCUUCUCCCCUCUCGUCUCUUUUUUAAUCACCAAAGUGUAAUAUUUGCCCAUUAUAUAACUAAUAAUUAGCAUCACAGAUGUGACAAUAGUUAUUUAAAUAACUGUAAAGAAUAUAUAUAUAUACAUACAUACACUGUAUAUCAAUAUAUUUCUUUUGAUAAAAAUAGAAGCAAUCCAUUAGUAGUUUGUCGUCUCAGGUGUUUGACGUUAGUUUUGAACAAUAUGACUAUAAUGUUCAUAUUCUCACUCUACUGUAACUGAACUAGUGUUUUGUUUUGAUUGUGUGUUGCACUAAACAGCGAGCGCACAGCAGCGCUUUAGUUCUCAGCCGCUGUAGCCUGAUUCCCUGUGAGCGUCUCUGCCUCUCUCUGUCCGUUAGUGUCACACGCAUCUGAUGCUUUACGGUCUUUCAUCUGGACCAGAGCAGCUUUCAUCUUUCUUUCGCUCUUGUACUGUAGCCGCUUCCAUUCAGUAACACACACACACACUUUUCCCCGUAUGAAUCUCUCAUGUUGUGCCCAGUGCUGUUCCUUAGUGUUUUGUGCCGAUAGUGAGAUUAUGUCUACUUUCCCCUCCAAUACCAUGUUGCCUAGAUUGCACAUUUAAGGACCAAAUGUUUAUUUUUAUUUGUUCUCACAGCUUUAGCUUUUGAGAAAAAGGAAAUAAUAGUCUAUAAUGAGACAUACAAUGAGAUGUAAGAGAAAUAAUGACGAACAUGUGAAAAAGAUUUUUGCCAAAUCAGAAUAAAGUGAAUUUAGGAUCA